AUGAACGCUCUCAAGGGACGAGUGUCCAGCGAUCUUGACAAACUUGUUAACCUAACUGACUCGCCUUUCACCGCCUCCGUCAACUCCUUCCCCCUAUCGAGCAAGUUCUGCAUGCCACAAAUAGAUAGUUAUGACGCGGUCAAGGACCCUCUGGAUCACCUAGAGACCUUUAAGACCUUAAUGCACCUUCAAGGAGUAGUAGAUGAGAUCAUGUGUAGGGUCUUCCCUACAAUACUGAAGGGUGCGGCAAGAAUUUGGUUCAACCGGCUGACGCCCAACUCCAUCAGCACCUUCAAGGAGCUAAGCACUCAAUUUACUGCGUACUUCAUCGAGGGACAUAGGUACAAGAGGUCUAUGACUUGCUUAAUAAGCAUCAAGCAGCGAGAGGAGGAGACGCUGAGAUCCUACAUAUCCCGUUUCAAUAAGGAGGCACUUUCUAUUGACGAAGCCGACGACAAGAUACUUGUAGCGACAUUCACUAAUGGGCUGAAGAAGGGUAAGUUUUUGUUUUCCCUAUACAAGAACGACCCGAAGACCAUGUCAAAGGUGUUUUACAGGGCCACCAAGUACAUGAACACUGAAGACGCACUGCUGGCCCGAGAAGAAAAACCCAAGAAAAGGGAGAGGCAAGAAGACACACGACAGGACCAAGGCCGGAAGAAGGCAAGGACAGGAGACUGA